AUGGUGUCGCACUCGUCGAUGCGUACGGAUCACUACCCUGUCAGCCGAACACCAGACUCGCCUGGCUCGGCGAUGAGGGCCUCGGCAAGCGGGCAGAGCUACUUUGACAAGUACCCGGAGCGAAGAGGCCAGGGGCCCUAUGUGCCCAAGGCGCGUCUCACGCCAUCUCUCAAGACGAGCACCAGCACAAGCACCAGUGCGACGAGCCCGAGCCCGAGUCCGAGCCCGAGCACAAGCGCUGGCACGCGCCCCAGCACUGGCACAAGCACAAAUACGAGCACAAGCACAAGCACAAGCACAAGCACAAGCACAAGCACAAGCACAAGCACAAGCACAAGCAGCGCUACAACUACCAGAGAGAGAAGAUCAGCUGCCGAUUUCAGCUCGCCGUCGACAGAGAAGAGGUGGACGAGGGACGGAGGCGGCGGGAGCAGCAGCCAGAGGAAGUCGCAGACACACAAAAGCGCGAGGAACCUCGCCAAGGCUGUAUCCGAGGACAGCACUGCAAAUGCCGAUGAUGGCAUCGUCCGACCCAGAGCUCAGUCGAUUCAACCCGAGCAAUCGAAGCACUGGCACUCGCGCAGCUCAGAAGCCGCCGCUGCCGCCUUUCCUAGAUUUCGUGGAGGCCUGCGAGCACCAGAGACGGGCAGCGAGCAGCCGAGUCAGGCUGGCCCUAGCUACUCAAAAGCCAGAGAGAGGCUCGCCUCGGAGGCGAGGACGCCGUCGGAGAAGCAGCAGCAGACCGGCGACGCCAGGGUGACAGCAGCUGCGGCCGCGUCUCGCUCUCCCUCGGGCUACCCCUCGAUGCUGUCUUCCGUGGCCAAGCGAAACUCAUCCCAGGACCUUGCCUCCCAGUUCCGUCGUCAGGCAACGCUAUCCCAGUCAGACAACCCGCCUCCGCUCCCGCUCAAAGACUCAAACGUCAAUGCCACUCACCGAAGCGGCCAGGUUGGCCUUCCUUCGUCCAGUCGGCUGGGUAGCAGGUACGAUGACGCGCGCAUGCAGCGGUCAGCGUCUACCGGCAUCGUCGAUGGCCGCCUUGUGGCAGCGAAGCCUCGCAGACCCACGCAACACGAGGCCCUUGACGGUUUCUACUCGGUGCCGGCCACGCAUGCCUCGUCGAGUCAUGCGUUGGGCAAGGCAAGGAAGCCGAGGCUGGCGCUCGACAAGACGGAAAAGGUGCCGAGCAUCGAGGAGAUUAUCCGAAAGCACUCGGGGUCCCUCCAGACGCCCUCACCCAGGUCCUCGACCAUCCACGAGGGCAGCCACCCAUGGUCUGUAGGGCAACAGCACGGCGCAACGACCGUGGAGAGAAGCGGAAAUAAUGGGAUCAAUCACAACGAUAGAAGUGGCUAUGUCGACUACGACAGCGAUGCAUCCUUCGACUCAGUCAUUGAGGAAGCUCGCGCCGCUUGGGACCCGGACCGUCUGGAUGCCAAGUCUCGUUGGGCAGGUCGGGCACAGACGGCCUCACUGGCGGACGACGACGACGAGGAUGAGGGCGAGGAGGGGAGAGAGGGGGACUCCAAGCAGCUGCCUCUGGGCCGGAAGCUGCAGCACGCCACGUCCUUUCCCGCCAAACCAAGGAUGUCGACGCCCAGCAGAAGAUCUACGCGAGACUCUCACGGUCGAACGCGUGGCGCAUCUGUCACAAGUGGCAUGACGACGACGCCACCAAGGACAGAAGGCACUCCGCGGGUGCCUCCUGUGCCGCCAUCUGUGACCACGCCGCACUUGUCCACCUCAGCACAGGCCUUUUCUGGAUAUUCUGCUGCUGCCCCGUCCGCAAGCUCCACAGCUGCGGCAACAGAGGAAGAGCAGGCCAUCUCGAGAUAUCUUCGGUCAUCCCGCUUGACGAAGCUCAUGACACUUCAGAGGGCGCCCUAUGCGGGCUUGACGGUGUCCUAUGCCGACGUGGGAAGCCCGACAGGGCACCCCGUCAUCGUGUUUUUGGGUCUGGGGGCCGUGCGAUACCUGGUCGGGCUCUAUGAUGAGAUGGCUGCUGCCCUUGACUUGCGUCUCAUCUGCCUCGACCGGUGGGGCCUGGGUCGCACCGACGACAUUGGCAGCGAAAGGAGAGGCGUCAUGGAGUGGAGCCAAGUCGUCAUCGAGCUGGCCGAUCGCCUGGCCUUGUCCAGAUUCUCUGUACUGGCCCACAGCGCCGGAGCGCCGUACGCCAUGGCUACUUGCCUCCUCUUUGGUUCUGAGCGCGUCGCUGGCCCCGCCCAUCUCUUGGCACCUUGGGUCAGCGCCAGCUUGGAGAGCGGCUAUCGAUGGCUCAAGUACGUCCCUGACGGGCUCAUCCGAACGGCACAGGCUGCAGAGUCUCGAGUGCAAGGGUGGCGCUUGGGCAAGCUGCCUGCCUUGGCAAGUACCAAUAACGACGUUGACGACGAUAACGAUGAUCCGUGGUAUCGCCCUUCUCCAUCCUCAAACGAUUACGAGGCCGAGAGCGCCGACGGCACACCGCGAAUGGACAGCUACGAGACACCGAGACGGAAGCCGCUGCCUCUUCUCAACCUCUCCACUUCAUCGCCCGUCAAGUCAAGGUCUUCUUCUACGGCCAACGGUGUGCCCGACUCGGCUUCGUCGCCGCUGCUCGGAUCCUUGAGUUCGACCUCACCCUCACCGUCGUCACCUUCGCUCUCCAUCGGUCCGAGCACGCGCUCGAGCAAGUCGCCGAUUCCUCGAUGGCCCUCGUCGGGCUCUCUCAGGGCCUCGUCCACGCCGCGGUCUUCGAUCGACCCCAGCUCUGCUCGGCUGACCCUGCUGCUUCCCGACGGCACGGGCGUGCCCUCGAGCGCCUCACUCUCCUCCUUUUCCAAUGAAGAAGAGGACAGUUCGUUCGACGCUACGACCCCUGCGUCUGCCUCGAUCAUGGGCCUAGACGCAGGCCGGCGCAAACGAGCUUGGGUGCUUCGCCGUUCGACCAGCUCCGCGUCUCCCAGCGCACAGAAGAGUGGUGGUUCGAGCCACUCUUAUGGCCAGCGCCACGGUCCGAGUGCGCAGUCGAACGGCAGCGGCUAUUCGUCUAGCUCUUCCACGGCCGCCUCGACACACUCUCCUCUGACACUGAGGAGCGGCGCGUCAAACAAGUCGCCGCCGCCGACGGCCACGCCGGCAAGAGUGGCACACGCCAGCAGAGAGGCUGGGGAUAGCAGCCACGACUCGGUGUUCCAAAGCCCUUCCUCGCUUAAACAGCGAGAGCAAGGACCAUCAGCCACGGGCUUUGACCUGGCCACUGCAGUCCUUCGGGCCUCGCACGCCGAGUCUCAGCGAGGAGGCGGCACAGCCGACCUCCUGUGCAUCCUUGGACGGGCCUCGCAGAAGCCCUGGGGCUUCACUUACGCAGAUGUCAACCACGCCGCCAAGGUCUGGCAUGGGGACAAGGACGAGCGUGUGAGCCUCGGCAGCGUGCUUUGGAUGGAGAGGCAGAUGAGCAAUUGCCGAGUCGAGCUCGUCAAAGGCGCCGGACACGGGCUCAUGACAAACGUCGCCGUCGUCGUCGAGGCUCUCGAGAGCAUUGCCGCUUGCAGACAUCUGUAG